GCAUAUCAAAAAGCUGGUGGCACGUGUGAAUGGACUAGAAGAUGGGAAAACUGCUCUCAUGUUUGCUGUAGAGGAUUGUAAUAUAGACUGUACACGUGUGUUGAUAGAUCAUGGUGCAAAUGUUAAUGAGAGAGAUAACUAUGGGAAGACGGCGCUCAUGUAUGCAGUGGUACAUGCUGAAAAAUGUGCUAAGACUUUAAUAAUACAUGGAGCUGAUGUACAUGCUAAGGAUAAGGAUGGAGGUACCGCACUUAUGUAUGCAGCUAGAGAUGACAAUGUGGACUCAAUACGUCUGUUAAUUCAUUACGAUGCUAAUGUUGAUGCGAAUGAAACUAAUGGUAAAACUGCACUGAUGUAUGCAGUUGAGAGUGAUCACAUUAAAUGUGCUGAAGAACUAAUUAAACAUGAUGCAGAUACGAAUGCAUUUGAUGAUCAAGAAAUGACUGUACUUAUGCAUGCUGCAAAUCAUGUUAGAAGCACUCGUCUUCUGAUCGACAAUGGUGCGAAUGUAAAUGCCACUGACCAACAUGGGAUGACUGCAUUAAUGCAAUCAGCAAAGGUAAAUAAUGCAAGAUGUGCUGGAGUGUUGAUUGACCAUGGGGCAACAGUUAAUGCUACAGAUGACAAUGAAAAGACGGCUCUUAUACAUGCUGCUAUAGAUGAUAACAUAGAGUGUGUUCGUAUUUUGGUAAACAAUCGUGCAGAUAUCGAAGCAACAGACAUUAACAGCAAAAAUCCCCUCAUGCAUGCUGCAACAAAUGACAACGUAGAGACAGC